GAGAAUUCUGCUGGAGGGAAUGGCUGCCUCCUCGUCCUCGUCGUCAGCUGGCGGGGUCAGUGGGAGCUCUGUCACUGGUUCUGGCUUCAGCGUUUCAGACCUUGCCCCGCCGCGGAAAGCUCUAUUCACCUACCCUAAAGGAGCCGGAGAGAUGUUAGAAGACAGCUCUGAGAGGUUCCUCUGUGAGUUGAUGUUUAGCUACCAGGUGGCGUCCACGCUUAAACAGGUGAAGCAUGAUCAGCAAGUUGCUCGGAUGGAAAAACUGGCUGGCUUGGUGGAAGAGCUGGAGGCUGAUGAGUGGCAGUUUAAACCCAUUGAGCAGCUGCUGGGGUUCACGCCCUCUUCGGGUUGAUGUCGCCUACUUGGUCGUUCCUAGGGCACAGCCACCUAGAGAUUCACAGCUGUACUAUGAGCUGCAUGUCUGAAUUCACAUCCUAACUUGGUUCCUCUGAUUCUAUU